AUGCCCAAUGUCACUGCAAUAACUGGAUUCAUCCUUAUGGGCUUCUCUGACGUCUGGGAGCUACAGACAUUAUGUGGAGUGUUCUUCCUAAUGAUGUAUAUGGUCGCCCUAAUAAAUAACUUUAUCAUCAUCAUUCUUACCACCCUUGACAUGUAUCUUCAAACACCCAUGUACUUCUUUCUGAAGAAUGUGUCCCUAUUGGAUGUCUUCUUUGUGUCUGUCACUAUCCCAAAUUUCAUUGUCAGUAGCCUAACUCACAACAGUUCCAUUUCCAUUAUUGGUUGUUCCCUUCAGGUAUUUUUAAUGACUUCAUUCUCAUCAGGAGAAGUUUUUGUCCUAACUGCCAUGUCCUAUGACCGCUAUGUUGCCAUUUGCAGUCCCCUGCACUAUGAUGCCAUCAUGAAUAGUGAUACCUGUGUGCUGAUGGCGGGUGUUUCAUGGGCUACUGGGUUACUCUUUGGAGUUUUAUAUACAGCGGGCACAUUUUCCCUGCCUUUCUGUGGAUCCAAUGUGAUUCCACAAUUUUUUUGUGAUAUUCCCUCUUUGCUAAGAAUUUCCUGCUCUGAAACACUUGUGGUCAUUUAUUCAAGUCUUGGGGUUGGUCUUUGUCUAGGUACAUCGUGUUUCAUUUGUGUUGUGAUCUCUUACGUUUACAUAUUCUCCACUGUGUUAAAGAUUCCUACUACUAAAGGUCAGUCCAAAGCAUUUGCCACAUGCAUCCCCCACCUCACUGUUUUCACUGUCUUUAUUGUUACUGCUUGCUUUGUCUAUCUGAAGCCGUUGUCAAAGACACCAUCAAUUAUAGACCGGCUAUUUUCUGUGCUAUAUACUAUGUUGCCUCCAACAGUUAAUCCUGUGAUCUACAGCCUCAGAAACACUGAUGUUAAUAAUGCUUUGAGGAAGUUGCAGCAAAAUAUCUGCUAG